AUGCCAUUCGGAGGGUGCAAAGACGUGGACGGGGUGCUGGUCAACUCCUUCUUUUCCGAAGAGAACUUGCGGUCAGCGUUGACCUACAGACCAAAACCAGGUGACAUAUUUGUGGCCACAUACCCGAAGUGCGGGACGACAUGGAUGCAGUACAUCGUAUACUGCAUCAUCAACAAGGGUGUCCCUCCCAGAAACCACGCUGAGUUCAUGCUGCGAUCGCCUUUCCUCGAACUGCUCGGUGCUGAGGCGGCCGAAAGAAUGCAGAGGCCAGGAGCCAUCAAGACACACAUGCCAUUCGAAAGGCUGCAGAUCUGCGCUCACGCAAAGUACAUCUACGUAGCGAGGAACCCUUACGAUUGCUGCGUGUCGUACUACUACCACAAGAACGUUGCGCCUAACCCAGAGUGCCAAAAAGCUUCGUUCGAUUACUUCUUGCGCAUGUUCCUCGAAGGACGAGUGACCUUCGGACACUAUUUUCACAACUUAGUGUCCUGGUACGAACAUCGCCAUGACCCGAAUGUGCUCUUUCUGACCUUUGAGGACCUCAAGAAGGACACAGCGUCCUGCGUGCUCAAGAUUGCAGAUUUCUUGGGAAAAGAGAACGGGAGGGCGCUCCGUGAGGAUGAUGGACUGCUAAGGAAGGUGCUGGAGAUGACGCAAGUGGAGAACAUGAAGAAGGUCUUGAAUCAGAGCCCGAAGUCGCUAUUCAGAGAACUUCUCUCUCUACCUCCUGACAAGGCUCUUGCCUCCGCGGAGGUGUACCGACAUAUUUUGAAAGAUGAGCCCGAAACUCGUCGUCUCAGGGGAGAUUUCAUCCGUAAGGGCGUGGUGGGAGACUACAAGAGCCACUUUUCGGCGGAACAACUGCGCUUCAUGAAGGACUGGAUUGCCGAGAAUACUCGAGGCAGCGAUGUCAUGUGUCUCUGGAAGGAUCUCGACCUUCCAUGAAGAGCACAGCAUAGAAGACGUUGAGACACCGUAAACGACAGCAGA